AUGGCCGACUCGGUAAGCGACGAAGCGAUAGCGCAAUUCACAAGCAUCACUGGCGUAUCCAGACGUGAAGCUGCACAAUACCUCGCCGCAUCUUCGGGCAGUGUUGAGAGCGCUGUCGCAACCUACUAUGCCGCCACAGACAAUGCACCCGACGACGCCCAAGAUUCAGAUUAUGCCGACGAAGAUGAUGAAGACGAGCCCGCACAGUCUCGACCCGGCGGUGGCCGCACGCUAGGAGAUGUAUCAGGCUCUGUGCCCGCUUCAUCAUCUACUGCUCCCACGUCCUCCACAUCCAAGAAGCCCCCAACACAGAAGAAGUUUGCUACACUCGGUGACUUCAAUUCUUCCUCCAAGGGUGGAGACGAUGACGACGAUGACAAACAAGACCUAUAUGCUGGAGGUGAGAAGUCAGGCUUGUCUGUACAGAACCCAGAUGAUCUGAAGAAGCGUAUUCUGGAGAAGGCAAACCGCAACGGCCCACCUGCGAAAGAUGCUCCGAAGAAGAAAUCUUAUUUCAAAGGCGCUGGAACCACCCUCGGCUCCGACGAAACUCCAUCACAAGAAGUCCCUGCUGCCCCAGAAGCACCUGCACCCGCCGAGCGCGUCAAUCGUACACUGCACUUCUGGAGCGAUGGCUUCUCCGUCGAUGAUGGCGAUCUGUACCGGUCCGAUGAUCCACAGAAUGCUGAGUUGCUGGAACUCAUAAGAAGAGGUCGUGCACCGCUCCGCAUCAUGAAUGUACUGCCUGGUCAAGAGGUCGACGUGGAGUUGAAGGAGCACAAGGAGAAGUACGUCAAGCCAAAGAAGAAGUAUGCGCCAUUCGGAGGGUCUGGCAAUCGUCUUGGUAGCCCGACACCUGAUGUUGGCGGUGCUCAGACAAUGCCUGGUGCCUUCGAACCUACACCUGCUGCUGCACCUCGUGCUCAAGCUGCAGCUUCAAACACCGUGGAUGAGUCACAGCCGACAGUCACAAUCCGCGUCAGUCUAGGAUCCGGCACACGACUCACAUCGCGCUUCAAUACGACUCAGACUGUUGGCGACGUCUACCAGUUUGUCCAGCGAGCAGAGCCUGACAGUGGCAGAUCAUGGGUUUUGCAGACCACCUUCCCCUCAAUGGAGCUCAAAGACCACCAGCAAGUACUGGGCGAGAUGCCGGAGCUCAAGCGUGGAGGUGCUGUGGUCCAGAAGUUCACCUAA